AUGGUUGAAUACGGCGUUAACGUCACCAACAAAUUCGGAUUUUUGUCGGACGAUGAGGUCGACGAUCCGGAAGUCAUUCUCAGGAAAGCGGAAGCGCUAACCAAGAAAGAUGAAAGAAGUUCACAUCAAAGAAAAGCUGAUAAAUCUGCUGCAAUGAAGAAGAAGAAGGAGAUUGCAGCGACAGUGGUUACAACCUUAUCCAAAGAAAAUGCAGUUAAAAAUCAUUCGCAGACUUCUGUUGGCAGUCGAAUUAAAAAGAAUGAAUUUAACAAAGAAAACAAAGAGAAUCGACCUGAAGAUCGUGUACGAGGAAGAGGAAGAGGUCGUGGUGGUGGUAAUUUUGGACGAGGCAGAGGGGCGGUGCAAGUAGAACAUACUCGUUCAACGAUUUAUCAAAACAGCGAGCGAGAUGUUAUCGCCGAAAGAUUUGGUGAAGGGAGGGGUCGAGGACGUGGUCGUGGAGGAAGAGGAAGACCUUUUCCUCGUGGUGGGCGAAAUGGUACGAGAAAUUUGGAUCGAGACCAUGAAUUGACUGCGGUUGACUCUCAUAAUGAAUUGAAUGGUAAUGGAAAUCACAAUCAUUUUGGUAGCGAACGUCAGAAUAUAACAGAUUCUGGACCGCCGCGUGGUUCAUAUCGUGGCGGACGAGGUGGUUAUCGUGGGGGUAUAGAUCGUGAAUUUGAACGACCUGCUUUUCGUGGGGGACGAGGUCGAGGUGGUCGCCAGUUUGAUCGGAUGAGCGGAUCAGAUCGUACCGGUCUUAAGUCACUGGAUAAGAAAAGUGGUUUCGGUAAAGCUAACUGGGGAACUGAGCAUGAUGAUUUAGUGGGGCAAAAUGAGCCGAUUGACUUCACUAAUGGCGUAGGAAAGACAGAUGAUGCAGUGCAGCGUGAAAGGGUUGAUGAAUUUCGUCUUGAUGCCGAAGCAGAUGAGCGAGCGAAACAACUGACUCUAGAUGAGUUCAAGGCGAAAAUUGCUGCCAAACGUUCAAAACCUCAUUUCAAUAUACGCCAGGCUGGUGAAGGCACAAAUGAUAAGGAUUUUGGCAAGCUUGUUCCGCUCAAUAAGCCUGUAAUGGAGGAGAAUUGUGAAGAGGAGAUCGUUGUAGUACGUCGCGAACCACGUACAAAGCGGCUUGACAUUGAGAUUAAUUUCGCAGAUGAUCAACGUGGCAGUCGCGGCAACCGUGUGAGAGAUGGUUUUGCGAGUGGACGUGGCACGUAUAAUGAACAAGGGCGAAACUUUAAGCCAAACCAAGUGUUUGAAGUGUCUGCUGACGCAUUUCCAGCACUUGGGAGUCAUUAA